CUCUCCAUGGUCCCGUCUGUCCGCGCGCUGUCGGGGGUCUUCUGGUGCCGGCGCGGCCCGGGGCCCCUGGCGCGGAGGCUCUGACGCAGGCCCGGGCGGCGGCGGGGGGCCGGCAUGGCAGGGCAGUUCCGCAGCUACGUGUGGGACCCGUUGCUGAUCCUGUCGCAGAUCGCCCUCAUGCAGACCGUCUACUACGGCUCGCUGGGCUUGUGGCUGGCGCUGGUGGACGGGCUGGUGCGCAGCAGCCCCUCGCUGGACCAGAUGUUCGACGCCGAGAUCCUGGGCUUCUCCACCCCUCCGGGCCGGCUCUCCAUGAUGUCCUUCGUCCUCAACGCCCUCACCUGUGCCCUGGGCUUGCUGUACUUCAUUCGGCGAGGGAAGCAGUGCCUGGACUUCACUGUCACUGUCCAUUUCUUUCACCUCCUGGGCUGCUGGUUCUACAGCGCCCGCUUCCCCUCGGCGCUGACCUGGUGGCUGGUCCAAGCCGUGUGCAUUGCGCUCAUGGCUGUCAUCGGGGAGUACCUGUGCAUGCGGACGGAGCUCAAGGAGAUCCCCCUCAACUCGGCCCCGAAAUCCAAUGUGUAGGCCUGGGCCCCAUGGACAGACACCCUGCUGGGCACGUGGCCCCCCAACACCUUGGGUCGCUCAGACCUUCCCGAUGAGGUCCCGCCUAGGACCGAGAGAGAGAGGGAGAGAGACUCCGAGACAAGCCCCGGAAAUGUGAAGUCUCUGUGUCUGCGGGAGAGGUGGUGACGCCCGGUGACAAAGACAGACAGGUUGCAGGCAGGAUGGCCUUGGCCUGCUGACGCACUGGUGUCGGGGAGGCCAGAAAGGGGGUCUCUUUGAGCGGAACGACAGAAUUGGAGCCAUGCCACUUUUGAGCCGCCAGCCCGUUGUCAAAAAGAGAUCAAGGCUAUGUGAUUGGAGGAGCUCCCUCUCCUAGUCACCUGUUUUCCCUCCUGGGACAGCUCUUCCCUUCCCGAAGGUGCGGAAGGAACUACAGCUCUGCGGAUGGAGAAACCCUUUCCAGAGCCACAGUUGCAGACACAGGCGGUGUGAAG